ACUAAACGUCGUCGUCGACAUCAUCGCUGGGUCGUCCGUCUCCCUGUCAAGCGUAUUUUUCAUAUUCUUUCUCCCUCGACCUACUUGAGUUGACCUCAUCUCGAUCGAUUCUUCCACCUUUACAACCUCACACAACACCGCAAAAAUGGGCGUCCAAGAUGUUCUGACCCGCAAGACCGGCGUCAUUGUCGGCGACGAUGUUCUCCGUCUGUUCGAGUACGCUCGUGAGAACCAGUUUGCCAUCCCCGCCAUCAACGUCACCUCUUCCUCCACCGUCGUCGCUGCUCUCGAGGCUGCCCGCGAUGCCAAGGCUCCUAUCAUCCUCCAGUUCUCCCAGGGCGGUGCCGCCUACUUUGCUGGCAAGGGUGUGAGCAACACUGACCAGGCCGCCUCCAUUGCCGGCUCUGUCGCUGCCGCCCACUUCGUCCGCUCCCUCGCUCCCACCUACGGCGUCCCCGUCGUCCUUCACACCGACCACUGCGCCAAGAAGCUCCUCCCCUGGCUCGACGGUAUGCUCGAUGCCGAUGAGGCCUACUUCAAGGCCAACGGCGAGCCCCUUUUCUCCUCUCACAUGAUCGAUCUCUCUGAGGAGUCUGUUGAGUGGAACGUCGAGACCACCGCCAAGUACCUCAAGCGUGCUGCCCCCAUGAAGCAGUGGCUCGAGAUGGAGAUUGGUAUCACCGGUGGUGAGGAGGAUGGUGUCAACAACGAGGACGUUGACAACGCCUCCCUCUACACCCAGCCCGAGGACAUCCUCAACAUCUACAACACCCUCUCUGCCAUCUCCCCCUACUUCUCCAUCGCCGCUGGCUUCGGCAACGUCCACGGUGUCUACAAGCCUGGCAACGUCAAGCUUCACCCCGAGCUCCUCGGCAAGCACCAGGAGCACGUCAAGGCCGCCAUCGGCUCUGAGAACCCCAAGCCCGUCUUCUUCGUCUUCCACGGCGGCUCUGGCUCCUCCAAGCAGGAGUACCUCGAUGCCAUCAGCCACGGUGUCGUCAAGGUUAACAUGGACACUGACAUGCAGUUCGCCUACUGCUCUGGUAUCCGAGACUACAUGGUCAACAAGAAGGACUACGUCAGCACCGCUGUCGGCAACCCCGACGGUGAGGACAAGCCCAACAAGAAGUACUUUGACCCCCGUGUCUGGGUCCGCGAGGGUGAGAAGACCAUGACCACCCGUGUCGCCGAGGCCCUCAAGGACUUCAACACUGCCGGUACCGUCUAAAUGUCGAUAACGUCGUUUUCCGGUAACUGUAAUAUCCCCAAGACUGGGACACGAUGAGUGAUGCAUCGCUUGAAAAAGGAGGAAUCCAAGGGAGACUCUUCCCAUCGUUUGAAGUAACAAUUGCUGUCCAUUGUCGGUUGGGGCAUUAUGAGUCGACGAAAGUAGUAAAAUAAUGAAAAAAGAAAUAGAUGAUGUAUAAAAGCCGAGUGUUUGGUUUUCAA